CCCACCUCGGCUCCCAAGUUGCUGCUUGUGGCUUGAUGCUGUGAAAUGAAGAACAGGUCCCCUGCUGGAGCGUGCAGCGGAUGAGUGGGGGGUGCUUUUUGCUUGCGGAGGAUUUGGAUUUGCGUUCUCCCCCCUCCCCUGCCCAUGCCCACUGCUCUUCUCAAAAACUCCUGGCUGCCUUCUCUGCUAGCAAAAGGCUCGGGAUGGAGAUGCCCACUUCGGGGUGGGUGCAACUUUUCCUCCUUGCGCUGUGGGUGAAUGGCCUAAUGACCAUUGGAUUAGCAGGUGCACAACAGGGGAUUGUCUGCAAUGAAUCCCUCAUGUUACAAAAGUUGCCUGUGUGUGGGAAAUCCUUCGAAGAGAUGAUGCGCAAAGUGGACUCUAGGAAAUGGUGCAAUUUAACGGAAUUUAUCCUGUAUUACAACAACUUUACUCUGUGUACAGAACAUGAGGCUGCCACAGCGAAGUGCUUUUGGCCUAACCCACUAGCUGAAGGGUUCAUCACCGGAAUCCACAGACAAUUCUUUUCAAACUGUAGCGCUGAAAAAAUUCAUUGGGAAGACCCGCCAGAUAAAAUUCUGAUCACGCUGAUUUUAAUACCCGUCCUCCUAACAAUCGCUAUGAUCGGGCUUGUGGUCUGGUGCAGCAAGAGAAGUGACAUUUUGGUGUGAUCUCUUCUGUUCUUACCAUUCCUUGUGGUUUCUUUCUUGCUUGAGAAUGAGGGUGGGAAAAAACUCUAUACGUUUUAUGCACCCAGCUUUCAAACGUGUGUCAAGCAAUACGGGUGUGUGUGAAUAUUUCUGUAGCCGCACAACCCUACUACCUACAGCCAUUACGUCUCCAAAAAUAUAACUAUUUUUUUGACAAUGGGCCCAGUGGCUGGCGACUGCCGUGGUUCUUGUCGUGGAAGCCAUAUUGAGAGAACAGAAGACAUGGUCUGAACCUGCUAUCAACUGUUGAGGUUUGUUUUGUGGAAACUCAAGAUGGAAACCCAGCAGUUGAAGUAAAUCUUUCAACAUGGCUCUGUGUGUGUUACAGAUCGCAUGAGUACGCACACUGAACAUCUAUAUCCUUUGGACUUAACGUAAACAGAUGGGGCUUAUAAGUGUGAACUUCAGUGAAUUCCUCACCAAAGAGACAUAACAUGAGUAUUGUUGAAAGAUGCCAUUUUCUUGUCCUCCUUUCUGAGGUAUAUAAACACAGUGAAUCAACUGUGAAUCAACUCACAACCUUGAGUGGACUCUUCUCUAUGUAAGGAAAUAUCAAAAAUGCCUUUAACGGAUGACAUCUUGAAUCUGAAAGCCUGCAAGGGAAGGAUAUGGAUUUAUUUUUGCAGUGCUAGAAAGGAAUAAUAUUGGGUGGCUAUGAAAUGGCUGAUUAAAAAUGACAAAAGAACUGUUAUAUGCCUUGCUUUAAAAAAACAAACUAUCAUGCUAUACCUGAAGAAGGGAUUUUUGACUCUUGAAAGCUUAAAAAUCUUGUUUGUCUUUAAGAUGCUACUGGACUCAAAUCCUGCUAUCAUUUUUAUUGUCAGUUUUAGCAGCAUUGAUUUCUGUGAAUUCCAGAGUCUUUUGUGCUUGUGAUAUGCUUUAAAUAGAGACAUCCAGGGCUUUUUUUCAGGGGGAACGCGGGGGAACGGAG